AUGGAGCUGCUGUGGGCAGCCACCGCGCUGAUGCUGCUCGGGGCGGCUGUCAGCCUCUGCGUCAAGUGCCACCUCUCUGCUAUGACUCGAAGGCUGGAACAAAUUAAGGAACCUGAAAACUUAUCAAUAGUAAGGAAACCCACCGAGGAGCUCGGUGCCUCCUGCCAUGCUGGAUACGGGAGCAGGACCGAGUCCCGCUAUCAGAACUUCCUGACAGAGGACUGCCUGCGAGGGGACGCUGCCUACGUGGAGCCUGUAUCUCUGGAUUACUACAACUGUGCCAGGUUCUUCACACCACCCAACGAGAAAGAGGAGGAUUCCCAUUCCUAUCAAAACGUCAUCAUUGGAGUGUCUCACAGCUCUGAUCUGGUCACAGAUGAUGCUGUAGACUAUGAGAACAGUGCAGCCAUACACGUAUGGAACCUGCAGCGAGCAGAAGCUCUGCAGACAGAGAGCCUGGAUGAGGAGCCCGACUACGUUAACACGGCCCCUGCGUCAAGCCCUGCCCUUCUGUCAAAGCAAAGCCUUUGCGAGCAGAGUAACGCUAUAAAACCCUCACGUCCAACCAACACAUGCCAGCAGAAGUUCUCCACCAAGGGAGGGUGA